CUCAGGUAGCUUGUGUUUUGCUGUUUGGAAGUGAAGGGGUGGAGAACCUAAAGUUUACAUCUGUCAAAAACUGCAUUCAGUUUUGCUUGUUCCCGAAGUACCGUUCAAACGUACAGUGAUGGCAGAGGCUCAUCAGGCAGUAGCGUUUCAGUUCACCAUCUCUCCUGAGGGGAUCGACCUGCAUCUGUCCUACCAAGCCCUCAAUCAAAUCUACCUCUCCGGCCUGCGAUCCUGGAAGAAACGGAUCAGCAGGAUUAAGAACAGAAUCAUUAAAGGUGUAUACCCAGCUAGUCCCUCCUCUUGGCUUUUUGUUGUCAUAGCAAUCCUGGCCACUAUGUACAUGCAGUCCGAUCCAUCUAUGGGCCUCAUUGCUAAGAUUCGGGAUCAUCUGCCCCUCAGUCUGUCGUUGAGUGCUCAAGGUCAGACUGUGCUGUCGGCGCUGCUGUUCAGUACUCUGCUGUGGUUGUCUCUCAUUCUGGCACUGAGGUUCUGCCUAAAGCUUCUCCUAUCAUACCACCGAUGGAUGUUCGAGCUACAUGGACGCAUGUCUACCAAGACCAAAGUCUGGGCGACCCUAGUUAGGUUGCUGUCCAGUAGAAAGCCAUUACUGUACAGCUAUCAGACAUCUUUACCACACCUUCCUGUACCUCCUAUUAAAGACACAUUGGAAAGAUACCUUGAGUCAGUGAAGCCACUGCAAGAUAUGGCUGGUUUUCAGCGAAUGAUGAGACUAGCAGCCGAGUUUGAGAAAAGUCUGGGUAAUCGCCUGCAAAGAUACCUAAAACUCAAAGCACUGUGGGCCACAAACUAUGUUAGUGACUGGUGGGAAGAGUAUGUUUAUCUCCGGAGCCGGAGUCCUAUUAUGGUCAACAGUAAUUAUUAUGGCAUGGACUUCCUGUACGUGACACCUACAGCUAGUCAGGCAGCUCGUGCUGGUAAUACUAUCACAGCCCUGUUCUUGUAUCGCCGCAAAGUCAAUCGAGAGGAGCUCAAUCCUAGUCGUAUUCCUGGUACAGUCAUACCGCUUUGUGCAGCUCAGUGUGAACGGAUGUUCAACACCACACGUACGCCUGGAGAGGAGACCGAUGUGCUGCAGCAUUGGCAGGACAGCGAGUUUGUCGCAGUGUACCACAGAGGCCGGUAUUUCAGGUUGUGGGUUUACCGAGCAGGACGCCUGCUGUCACCCAGAGAGAUCCAGUACCAGAUUCAAAGGAUCUUGGAUGACCCCUCAUCUCCGUCUCCAGGAGAGGACAAACUAGGGGCACUCACAGCAGGAAACAGGAAACCCUGGGCCCAGGUGAGGAAGCAGUUCUUCAGCUCUGGAGUUAACAAGCGCUCACUGGACUGCAUUGAGAAAGCGGCCUUCUUCGUCACGCUAGAUGAUCAGGAAGAAGGCAUGAUGGGGGAGGAUCCCGCAGUGAACUUGGACCGCUAUGCCAAAUCCCUCCUUCACGGAAAAUGCUAUGACAGGUGGUUCGAUAAGUCGUUUUCAGUCGUGGUGUAUAAGAAUGGAAAGAAUGGCCUGAAUGCAGAACAUUCUUGGGCCGAUGCACCUGUGGUGGCCCACCUGUGGGAGUUCACUCUGGCCACAGACACAUUUCAUUUGGGUUACACCGCAGAUGGAAACUGCAGGGGAGAGAUUGAGCGCUCCUUACCACCUCCUCAACGCUUGAACUGGGACAUACCGGCAGAGGUUCAGACGCAGGUGUCCGAGUCGCUUGCUGUUGCGCGAGCACUGGCUGAUGAUGUGGACUGUCAUGUGUUCCCCUUCAGAGAAUUUGGCAAAGGGCGCAUCAAGAAAAUGAAAAUGAGCCCAGAUUCAUUUGUACAGAUGGCCCUGCAGCUGGCAUACUACAGGGACAGAGGGACUUUUUGUCUGACAUAUGAAGCCUCCAUGACUCGUUUGUUUCGUGAGGGUCGCACUGAGACCGUGCGAUCCUGCUCCAAUGAAAGCUGUGCCUUUGUCCUUGCACUGGAAGCAGGAGAGGACAGAGAACAUUGCCAAAAGCUGUUACGAAAGGCUGCUGAGAAGCAUCAGAACCUCUACCGCCUGGCCAUGACAGGAUCUGGCAUUGACAGGCACCUCUUCUGCCUAUAUGUGGUCUCAAAAUACCUGGGAGUAGAGUCUCCUUUCCUUAAAGAGGUCCUGUCAGAACCCUGGCGCCUCUCCACCUCUCAGACUCCUGUGCAGCAGACGGAGUUGUUUGAUUUGGUCAACCAUCCUGAAUUUAUCUCGCUGGGAGGAGGCUUUGGACCGGUGGCUGAUGAUGGCUAUGGUGUAUCUUACAUUAUAAUGGGUGAAGAAAUGAUCAACUUCCAUGUGUCUUGCAAGCACUCCUGCACAGAGACUAACUCUCAUAAGUUUGGCUCUCAGAUCAGUCAAGCCAUGAUGGAUCUUAUGACUCUGCUGAACCCAGACUUUAAGGAAACCACCAAAGCCAGCCCUGACAAACAGUCAUAAAUCCUGCUGCACAUUUGUUUAAAGAUGGGUUCAUAUUUAUCUCAUUAUUUGUGUAAGCUUCUUAUUUAAUUCUCUUAUGUUUGUUGGGUUUGAGUUUGUGAUAUACUGGAUCUAUCCCAAUGUCAAAGGUAAAGGUUUUGCUAAUUGCAGCUGCUGCAGUUUUACUGUGCACCUAAAACGGCUGUCCUGAGGAAUUACGUCUGUCUGUCUGAUUGACAGCUCUGUAAACAGCAAAAAGGUGUCAGGCCAGUCACCUAUACUGUGUGUGUUUAAGUUUUCUGAAAUCUGUGGUUGUGUCUUUACCAGGGUAUGGUUAUGAAGAGAGGAUGUGUGGUUGAAACUACAGCAUUAGUCUGGUGGAAACAUUAACGACAGCUCUUUCCCCCAUAAAACCUAUAUUGCGCCUAUUAAAAACAGUUAUGAUGAGUGAUUUUGUUUUAUUGCGGUCACUACCAGAAAAGCAAAAUGCAAAAAUUGUACCGUUAGGAUGAGGGAGAUCUUUCUUAUCUAAAAGGUGCAUAUUAGUACCUUGGAGUUGUAAUAUGUAGCCUUAAGGAAAUACUAUCAACCUUUUAGGGGUAAACGAAUUAGAAAGUUGUUCCUUUAAGAGUACUGUUAACAAGCUGUUCUUUUCUAAGAAGUGUAGUUUUUAAUGUGUGUUGAGUUUCGCCCUUUAUUUUGUAAAUGAAUUUGAAAAAGAUGAAUUAAAUAAAGAAGAUUAAUUUGCAGGCAAGGAGGAUUCUUCCUUCAUUAUUUAAGAUGGUUCAAGAAAUGGAUGAUUAAAAGCUGUCAGUGAAAUGACAUUUAAUUGACUGUUACCAAAGAGGUCUGCAAUACUUGGAAAAAAGUUACCCUUUCGCAUUUCUAUUCAUAUCAGUGUACAUUGCUUGGCUGACAUGGGGUCCCUUGAAAUUGCGUGGGGCUGAGUUAACCUGCCAAACCUUGAAAGAAAGAAGAAAUCUGUGUGGUGAUGUUAUCUGUACAGGCAUGAAUCUAUCAAGUUCACUGGUUCAGGAUGGUCCAUGAAUCUCUUUUCAGAUGUUAAAUGGAUAAACUUGCCUGAUUACUUCUGUUAAAGCUGUGGUUAUAAAUAAGUAUCAGUGGAUCUGCUUGAUUAACUGAUGAUGCAGCACAAGUCAUGCAUUAGAUGUUCUUAUGUUUUUUAAUGCAAUAUAAAUAAAUUAUGAGAUUCUUCCAUGUCUGAUACUUAGAAACGAUAUUGAAACAAUAUUGACAAUGUUCUUGUGUUGUUAUAUUCAGUUACACUAAUAUCAUUUGCUUUUCAAAAGGUCUCAUGUAUGCAAACAUCUCAGGAAUGCAUAAAUACAUGUUCAAAGCACAGUAUGACUUUCUUUUACUUCUGUAAGUCAUAAUAUGUUUUUACUUGCAGGUAAAUAGGAUAAAAUAAAACUCUUUUUAUUGCUUUGAAAUAUUAGAUAUUCCUGUGACAUCCUUCCAAGUACUUUCUUUGUUACUUUUUAGUAACUGAUUAUGGAUUACGUUAUCAGAUUCCAACAAUUAAGUACUUGUAAUUAGAUUGAAUUACAUUUUAAAAUACUUGUAAUCAGACUACAGUUACUUUUUAUGGAUUACAUGAUCACAUAUUAUUCACACAAUAGCAAUAAUUAUUCGACAUUUAUUGAUUCUACCAAAUUCCUCUUUUACCUUUUAAAUUUUCCUUUCUAAAAUAGCCUACCACUUAUAUACAUUCAGAAAGUCUUCAAGUUUUGUGGACAUUCACACAAAACCAGUCAAUAGUUGCAUGGUUUAGGAAGUGUUUCAGCAUUGCGUCAGCUACUGAUGAACUACUGAUAUUAGUCUAACUGAAUAUAACAACACAAGAACAUCGUCAAUAUCGUUUCUCCUUUUAUGAAAGUAUCAGAAGUGGAAGAAUCUCAUUUGUAUUUGAAUGAUCACUCUGUAGGUUAAUUAUGCGUUUUUGUCUUUAGAAGGGUUUUGUUUUUCAAACAUUAAAAUUCCUGAAUUCAUGAGAA